AAGUCCAGACAACUUUGAGGGCGUGUUCAAAUUGAAUAAACAUAAAUGUCACGUGAUGAGUGGAACACAGAAAAACGUUAAUAUUGCAACACAUGACUCGAGGUGCCACGCCCCCUCGGUUCUGCAGCCGAGCGUCCUCGGACGUAAACACAGCACAAGACCCAAGAUGGCGCCUCAGCCGGUGUUCCGCGCGGCCCUGCUCGUGCUGCUCUCGGUGUUCCUCACCGUGCUGCUCGGGGUCGGGCUCCCGGCGCUGCUCAACGGGCUCACGCGGCUGGUCGGUUUACCGCAGACCAGCGUCACCGAGUGUGUGGUGGGUCUGUACUUCGUCUUCGUGCUGUCGAUCGCGACGCCUCGGAUCCCCAGAGGAGUGGAGGAGGCGAACGGUAAAGCCGUGUUCAUCACAGGCUGUGACAGUGGAUUUGGUCACUCGCUCGCCAAACAUCUGCACAGGCUGGGCUUCACCGUCUUCGCUGGAUGUUUCCUGAAGGAUGAAGAUGGGGAAGGAGCGAAGGAGCUUGAGGAAUUUCACUCCGAUCGCAUGAAGGUCGUCCAGCUGGACGUGUGCAGCGAGGAGCAGGUGAACCAGGCUGUUGAAUUUAUCAAAGAGAACCUGGAGGAUUCUGAAAGAGGUCUGUGGGCCGUGGUGAACAACGCCGGGGUGUCAACCUUCGGAGAGGUGGAGUUUACCUCCGUGGACACCUACAAGCAGGUGUCAGAGGUCAACCUGUGGGGAACCAUCAGGGUCACCAAAGCUGUUCUGCCGUUAAUCCGCAGGGCCAAAGGUCGUGUGGUGAACCUGGCCAGCAUGUACGGCAGGAUGGGAAAUGUCAUGCGGUCUCCCUACUGCGUGUCUAAAUAUGGCGUGGAGGCCUUUUCUGACUGCCUGCGCUAUGAGAUGAAAACCUGGGGAGUCAAAGUUUCCAUCAUUGAACCCGGAAACUUCAUCGUGGCCACCGGCAUCCUGACCCGCGACAUCGUGGCCAGCACGGCCGACAAGCUGUGGAGCGAGGCCCCGUCCAGCGUGAAGGACGACUACGGGAAGGCCCACUUCGAGAAACACAUGGCUCAGAUGCGCUCUUACUGCAGCAGCGGACUGAAGGACGUGGCCCCCGUCUUGGACGACAUCACCGACGCCAUCAUGUCCAAACACCCGUACGCGCGUUACACUCCGUCAGAGCCACACUGGUGGAUCAGAGUGCAGCUAAUGACCCACCUGCCCACCGCCGUGUCCGACCUGCUCUACUUCUGAAGGAGAGGCCGCUCCUGUGUUUCCUGUCUGUCAUGUCCUCAGAUCACAUAUCACAGCUGAUUCUCAAACCGUGUAGCAAGACUCAGAUCUACAGACUCUGCUGUCUAUUCAUCAGCACUUUAAAUCAUUCACCGAUCAAGCCUUAAAACAAAAUGUUUUAAACUCUGAGAUUGCACUUUUGUACAUGUUACAAAUACUACAGAUUUAUCUAUGCAGAUACAUUCAGAGAUAAGUAGUAACUACUUGAUGUCACACACUUACGUACAUUUGCUCGAAUGUUUUCUUUCUAAAAACAAAUACUUCUCUCCUAUCUUUUAUUUUUCCUGCUUCUUGUUUUUGUUUGGCCUCAUGGGAAUCUUCUGGUGGAGCAGCUGAGAAGGCCUCCGCUGUUCUGUUGUGUCUGUGGCCGGAACAAACCAAGGUCAGCUACUGUAACAGUGUGUGGUGAGAUUUGGCUCCACUCGCCACCCAAGUUACGUAACGGCAACACAAGCCCACUUUGUCUCACAUGCUUGACUCGAUCCUGGACAGUUUGUUUGACAGAUGUGAUUAAUGAACAUGCGUAAUUCUUCUUGGCGGGAAUUAUUUUGUAUUUCAAAUAUCAUGUAUCAAUGAAUAGAGCAUUUUAUUUUUGGGAUGAUCUUAAUCCUAGUUUCACUUUUCAAUUAAUGAUUUGAAAUAAAGUGACCAGAUUAUAACAGUG